AUGUUUCAGAGGCUGUUAGAGCAAAAAAAUGCUAUAAACCUCUACACUGUUCAGCAUGGUAAAAUAGAUACCCUUUGUCCCACCGAAUGGGAAAUUAUGAAGCGACUCGUCGAAGUAUUGAAGUUCUUUUACGAAGCCACCCUUGAUUUAUCAUUGAAUGACGCUUGUAUUUCUAUAAUCAUACCCCUAAUAUCGCUACUCAAUCGGAAAUUACAAGCUCGAAUGGAAAACGAAGAUGAGGGUAUGACAAUGACGAAAAAUCGGUUAUAUGAGACAAUGAACCAAAGAAUGUCCCUCUUGAAAGAGCAUCCAUCGUUAAUUGCAGCAACAUUGCUGGACCCACGUUUCAAAUCGAAGUAUCUAACUACCAAUGCUGUUGACAUCGGAAUCACAGAAAUUGUACCUUUUUUGAUCAGAUGUAGUAGCGACAGCGCGGUGAACAGAAAUGCUAUUCAUUCUUCUUCUUCUGCAGAACCAGUACUGGUUGAUCCAAUAUUCAGAAACAAGACGAAAGUCUUUGGGAUACCCAUGACGAUAACCCCGGCGGUACACCAUGUGAUAAUAAUGGAUAUGAUGAAACUUCUAUACUAA